UGUCGUGUCAUUAUUUUUGGUAAACGAAAAUAAAAUGGUGUUUGCAUUGUUGUGUUUUACGAACCAAAGGAUGAUUUAUUAACCACUUACACUAAAAAUGAAUACAAUUGUUGUGUAAAUAUUAAAUUAUAUGUAUUUCUGGUACAAUUAGUGUAAUUGGAUUAUUGCAAAUUAACCAAGAAUGCAGGGUGAUGAUCCUCCGUUCUUACCAGUGGGUACUGAUGUAAGUGCCAAGUACAAAGGCGCUUUCUGUGAGGCCAAAAUAAGAAAAGUUGUUCGCAACAUUAAAUGCAAGGUGACAUUAAAAGCCGGUGGAUUCACUACCGUAAAUGAUGACGUCAUCAAAGGCACUCUAAGAGUUGGGAGUACAGUAGAAGUUAAGCAGGAUCCUAAAAAAGAGGCAAUGGAAGCUGUCAUCACUAAGAUACAGGACUGUAGCCAAUACACUGUUGUGUUUGAUGACGGUGACAUAACGACGUUACGUCGCUCUGCGCUGUGUCUUAAGAGCGGGCGACAUUUUAACGAAAGUGAGACACUAGACCAGUUACCGCUCACGCAUCCUGAGCACUUCUCCACGCCAGUUAUAGCUGGACGACGAGGAAGAAGAGGAAGGGCACAGUCCGAUGAGAGUGAAGGCGAAGGCAGCACGCGCCGCGUCAAAGAGAAUAGUGCGGAAAGGGAGCCCCAUGUGGGUCGAGUGGUGCUAGUUGAAGCGGCGAGCGGAGCGGAACGUCGCCGCCCGCAUCAGCCCGCCUUCCCCGCACUAGUCGUGGCCCCGACUGCGCAGAUUAAAGUCAAGGAAGACUAUUUAGUGAGGUCCUUUAAGGAUGGGAGAUACUACACAGUGCCAAAGAAAGAGGCUCGCGAGUUCCGUAAGGGCACUGCUCCACUGGAGUGGUGUGGAGUGGAACCGGCUUUGCAGUACCUCAACCAUGGCGUGUUGCCGCCGCACUGGGAUCGAGAUGCGCUGUUCAACGAGCCGAGAAACACUUCUGAUGAUAGUUCCGACGACGAACCGCGAGAGGAAAAGGACCAUUUCGUGGCCCAACUGUAUAAGUUUAUGGACGACCGCGGCACACCACUCAACAGGAACCCAACCAUCGCCAACAGAGAUAUUGACCUUUACAGACUGUUUAGAGUUGUUCAAAAAUUGGGUGGCUACAACAGGGUGACAAAUCAAAAUCAAUGGAAAACGAUUGCUGAUAAAAUGGGCUUUCAUCCGGUCACUACAAGUAUUACCAACCUCUGCAAGCAGGCUUAUAAGAAGUUCCUUCACAGUUUCGAGGAUUUCUACCGCAAGUUAGGGGUGACACUAGUGGCCCAUCCGAGGGGGGCUCGAACACCCCCCGCGGGUCGCUCCCUAAUACGUGACCGAGACAAACUACCCCCCGCCUCGUCAUCCACAUCUGCCUCUGCUUCGUCCACCCCUACUGGCACACCCAGUCAGCGCGGUAAAGACAAAGAUUCUGACAAGAGCGAGACAGAUAAGAGUGAGAAGGAAGAUAAAAUAGAGAAGCCGGAGAAAAAGGACAAACCACGCGCCAGUGACGAAGACGACAGUGCCGACAACCAACCGCUCGUCACCACUGUUACUCCCAAAAUUGAGAAAGAGAAAGAAAAAGACAUAGACAAGGAGAAUGAUAAAGAUAAGGAAAAAGAAAAAGAAAAGGAAAAAGAUAAAGAAAAGGAGAAAGACAAAGAAAAGGAGAAAGACAAAGAAAAGGAGAAAGACAAAGAAAAGGAAAAAGAAAAAGAAAAGGAAAGAGAGAAGGAAAAGUCGUCAAGCCCGAGCGAUGAGAAGCCCGUGGUCAAGCCGCGCUCGCAGUCUAAGACGCGCAGCUUGCCGCCCGUCAAAACUGAGUCUCAUGAAAAGAGGACGCCUAAGAGAAAAACAUUGUCUUCAAAACUAAGUGAAACCGCCAUUUUCUCAGUGCGUGCGUCCCGACGCCCGCAUGCCUCAACUGAUAGCGAUAGCUCCGGUAGAGCUUCCAGAUGCGGGCCGAUGAAGAAGAUGCAAAGCCGUAGAAGCCAAAGCGCGAACUCUGCCAGCAGCGGUAACACUAUCGCUUCCAAUAGUAGUAAACGACCGCGCAAGAGAAAAACUACUGAGCCUUCUACAAGUGAGCCCACCCGAUCUGCCGUUUCUAAUGUAAAAGCUCAAGUAGGCGACAAACUGAAAGUUUACUAUGGACCCACACAGUCGGAGUCCAAGGUCACGUACGAGGCGAAGGUGAUAGAGAUAUCGGCAGAGGGCAUGCUGCGCGUGCACUACACGGGCUGGAACACGCGCUACGACGAGUGGAUCAAGCCGCAGCGCAUCGCCGUCAACGUCACGCAACACGAGACGCGCAACAAGAAGGGUACAAACUUGAGCAGGCGUGUAAGAAGUAAACGAACUGAAGAAUCAUCAGCACGCUCUGAUACUGAUAGUGACUCAGACAGUGAUGGAAGCGUCAAGCGACCGCCAAAGAAAUCUGACGACAAGUCCAGUGUUAAGACUCCUUCCAGGUCAAAAGAAUCUAAAUCGGGAGACAGAAGUGACAGCAGCAGCUCAAACAAACCAAGAAAGAGGCCUAUGAGAACUGUGUCAACUCCAACGACGACGUCGCCGGCUAAGAAGCCGCGACUCAACGUCCCCGGACAUCAACAUCAAGGACGAGAUUACGAUCUGAACGAAAUUAGAUCAGAGCUAAAAGGACUUCACUCUGUGAAACAAGAAGCAGAUGAUACUACGAAAACGGAAACCACACCGAAAGACUCAGUUAUGAGUCCCACACAGAUUACUCAAUUGCCGCCCGAAACACCACAACCUGAAAAGCAACCGGAAGAUGUUUAUGAAUUCAAAGAACCAGAGCCAUUUGAGUUGGAACUCCACGAUGAAAAAAAGAAGAGAACUCAUAGGAUAUUUGAUGAUAUUUCGCCCAGUAAAUAUACCUCCACUUUGUCAAAGUCGUUGAGCGAGGAGAUAUCCGAGGAUCCUUUGAGACCGAGACCAUCGUCAUUCCGAUCCCCGUCCUUAUCACCGUUUAGAGACUUUGGAGCUUCGAGAGAUGUUCCAGGAAGACAGAGUCCCGAAGAUGAAUUUAAAGACAACUUAUUUUCACUCGAUGAUGACUCAUUUCCAGGUGACAGUAGUUGCGGACCGAUUUUUGAGGGGUUCACGCCGGCUAAGAACCAAGAGACUUAUUCUAAAAAGAGCAAGGUCUCUAAACUUAUGGAAUUAAUUGACGAUUCGCCCGACAGCCCCGCCGAUGAUGAGCAGUCUUCUGACGAUGAGCCACCAGAAGCUAUUGUAAAAGUAGAAAAACGAGAGCCUAGUCCAAUCGUACCAAUCGUGAAAGAAAGAGAUAAUUCUCCGGAACCUGUCAAAGAAGAACCUAAAAUUUCCGAAUCAAAUAAAGAAGAAAUAAAAGAAGCAAUUAAAAUUCUUAAAGAGAUACCGCCGAUAGAGACCAUACCGGAACCGCCCACUACUCCUCCGCCAAAGUCCAAACCAGAAUCUAAACCUAUAUCUAAUCCAUCUACAAGUAGCACUGCCAUUGCCAAAGAACCCGAGGAAAAUAAAGACGAGAAAGUAAUCAAAGAUGAAAGUAAAACGAAGGAAAAAAUAAUGGCCACACCACUUCCAAACAUAGAAUCUAAAGAAAUACCUAAAAUAAAAAUUGAUAAACCGGAUCCUGAACCCGCCAUUUCUAAAAUGGAACCUCCUUCAAGUCCUCUCAUUGAUACGGAGGAGGACAAAUCUGAACCCGACAGUCCCGCAAGAAUAGAUGUAAUACCAGAACCGCCACCUGGAUUUCUUCUGCAGUCGGAAGGACCGAAAAUCGCUGAAAAACUUCUUAAAGCCAUCAAUAGUGCCAAGAGACUAUCAUUGUCACCACCACCGGUAGAAAAUCGGCCAGACACGCCAAAGAAGGAUUUGAAAGUGCCCGAAAUCACAGAUAAAACCUCCAUAUCGCCCAUACCUACCGAGCCAAAGCGACCUCCGAGCAAAACUGAGGUGCUGAAACCUAUUAAUAAACUUGACACUAUAAGAAGAAUAAGUCCUGCAGAAGUUACCGAUUCAAUAUUUGGCGAACCUUCUAAUUUGACUGAUGUCAAAAGGGACACGCCAGAACUAAAGAAAGUCAAACCUAAAGAACCAACCCCGCCAAGAUUGCUGAGUCCUCUUAACAUAUUGGAACGACGGAAGAGCGUCGCCGCCGAUUUAACUCUGAGCGCGCCUGGGAAGAACAAAGUUUUGAGCGAAACGAUUCAGAAGUUAUCGAGUCAAAUUAAUCAAUCAGUCACAGCGGCCACGAUACCAUUGCCUCCGUUCCCGCCUGAAGAUCGAAGCGAAUCAAGUGAUUCCGACGAUUCAGAUAGAAGGCUGAUCAUAGACAAAUUGUCUGUGGACGAGUGGGGCAGCGGCGGUGGCAGCGUCAGAGCGGGCAGCGGCCCCGCUGUGCCGCUGCUGGCCGCGCGCACGCAGGUGACGGCGGCGAGCGCGCGCGCGCUGCACGCGGGCAAGUCGCCGGGAGAGUGGAGCGCCGGCGAGUCGCUGCUUAUGCUGGAAGAUGCGUGCAAGAAUGAACGGAAGCAUAGUGCGAACGUAGUGGUAGCGGGCGGGGCGCGAGUGAGCGCGGCGGCGGCGGGCGCGGCGGAGGACGACAGCUGCGCGGCGCUGCUGCUGUGCGAGGAGACCAUCCCCGGCUCGCCGGCGCCCGACGCCGAGCCCGCGCCGCCUGCGCGCGCGCACCAUCUGCCCUUCGCCUGCGCGCCGCAGCACCACGCGCACAACCACACACAGCACUCGCAUAAAGCAGAGGAUCGUCGCGGUUCAGGCGGUCAACGAGACGCGGGCGUAGGAGAAGGCGGGAACGAGGUGGGGCAAGGCGUCGCGGGGGAUGCGGGCGCGGCGCGGGCAGGGGAUGCGGGUCCGAGGGUCGCGCGGGAGGAUGACUGGACUCGGCGCGGCACGCUGCUCGAUAACACGCCGCCCACCACCCCCGACAGCAGCGUCGACCUGUCGCCACGCAGGGAACGAAGGAUAUCUGAAAGGGACAGUCCUUCGGAUCGGAAAGAAGAUGAGGACGAUAUGCCAGCGCAAGAUUCGUGCGCACACGAUAUCGACAAGCCACAUGGCAGCGCGCGGUCGCGCAAGGCGUCCGAGUCGAGCGGCGCGGGGCGCGUGCGCGCGCGGCGCUCGCGGCGCGACACGGACGACCAACACGCGCCUCACGGCUCUAACGUCUCGCUCAAGUACAACUUCUAUGUGGAUCUUGAUCCAUCGUGGGACUGCCAGACGCGUAUCAACGUGCUAAGCUCACGGCUGGCUGAUCUGAGGAAGGCUUACCACUCUGUGAAAGCGGAACUGGCCGCCAUCGAUCGCAGACGCAAGAAGUUACGACGCAAAGAGCGAGAAGCGAUCAAGGCUGCAAAGGCUGCGUGUUCAUGAUGAAAAAUAUGUUAAGUCUACCGGGCGUAGGGUUGAUUUCCGUAAAUCCGAUGCGGAUGAACUGUAUUUAUUCGUUGUAGAAUAAAUAUUGUCACGUAUUAGAUAACGGCAGUUCGUAAAAUAU